GGCUUUUGUUGGGGAGGGGUGCAUCUGGGAACGUGGCUGAGCGUUUUUCCCUUCCUGCAUCUGGGAGCGUUUUCCCCCUUCCUGCUGCUGCUUGGCUCCUCCCCCCUUACUCCUCACUCCCCGUCUUUGCCUCUGUUGGGAUUAAUAACAUAUCUUUGUGGGGCGUGUGUGUGGCUGAGGGAAGCGUGUCCUGGCUGCACGGCUGUUUUAUUUUAUUUUAUUUUAGUUGUAUUUGUGGGAGUGGAGCUUCCCCCCCAUCUUCGGCCAGUGAAGGUCAGCCUAGCUCGUUGGGGCAAGUAGUUAGCUUUAUUGUGACUUUAUCUUGCCUGCUCUGUUGUCCUUUUGCCCAGCCACCUAAAUUGCUCUUAAUAGUUCUCAUUGUCUGAGCCUGCAGUUGUCAAUUGCCUGUCAAUUGCCUUUCCGUUCUCGUCGCCUAGCAACCAGUGUUUCAGAGGGAUUUCUUCAUCUGAAGAAGUGUGCAUGCACACGAAAGCUCGUACCAAAAUAAAAAUUUAGUUGGUCUUUAAGAACAGAAACUUCUGCACUGUACCCGGUAGCCAAAGCCAAUUAAACUGCUUUUUAACGUAGCUUAAGUUCUAUCUUAAAUGGUGUGACUCACCCUGGGGACUGUUCCAGGAUCUUUUCAUCAAAUUUGUACAGCAAAAAACAGUUGCUGUUUUUGAAUGCUUUAAGAAUAAAUAAACAAAGCCCUGGGAAACUAAAGUAAGAAGAUAGAGAAAUUGGAUAACAAAUCCCCCUCCCCCAGAAUGUAUCUAAACUGCGCCUCGUGAUUACAUAAACAUCAAUAUCAAGAAAUUUCCCAAAUGGGUUUGGGGAGCUGUGAAUUCUUAAUUUUCUGAAGCAAACUUAAGACAUGUUUAUCAAUUCAAAGGUAUGGAUAUAGAUCACUCAAAAUCACAAAAGGGAGGGGUGUAUCCUGCAACUAAAACAACAACUCUAAUGUAGAUUUAUUUUGUUAUAAAAAUGCACACACCAUGGUUUUGUUUCUGUUGGUUAUUCUUCACAUUUGCCUUUCCUUGUUCUUUGUAUGCAUGAAGACAACCCUCAAUACCAACUUUUCAGAUGGAAAUAAUAUGUAUCUGUCUCUCUUCUGCACACCUUUGCUGAGUAUUUUAAUCAUAGUAUCACAGAACUGGAUGGUUGGAAGGUACCCCCAAGGGUCCUCUAGACCAACCCCCUCCAGUGCAGGAAUCACACCACAAGCAUCUCUCACAAAACAAGUUUGCUCCAUCUUCCCUGUGAACAGGCCUUCAGAUACAACAGAAUAACAGAACCAUUCACAGAGUUGGAAGGGAACCACCAGGGUCAUCUAGUUCAACCCCCUCCAAUGCAGGAAUCUUUUGCCCAACAUGGGGCUUGGAACCACAACCCUGAGAUUGAGUGUAAGCGUGGUGUCAGCUCCCUUAAAAAAGGUCAACAAUAAAAAAGGUCAACAACUCUGGGAAAGGGUGGGCGCCGGAGGGAUCGCCGGAUAUGCUUAAGACGGCCCUGGGUGCCAAUGCGGGGAGGGCGCUGCAAGAAGGGGGCUCUGCCGCCACCUAGGUGGAAAGUUCACCACUGCAUCAGGCCAACGGGGAACUGACUUGGAGCAGCCAGCCUCCUGAACCAUGGCUUGCCCCCCCCCCCCCUAGUUUUGAUCCUGGGUACGCCCCUGGCCCCAGGUCACCAACAUGUCUGCAUUAGUUCGGCUGGAGUGCCAAAUCAGGAAGGUGCAAUAGUUGUGGGGGGGAUCAGGGCAAACAGUCAGGAGGCAUGUGCUUUCCCCUCUAACGUCAGCCACCUGAGGGAGCUGCCGCAUGCCUGAGCCUGAGGAAGAAAUGUUCCCAUUUCAACCGAAGUAAUAUCAGCUGAACUUCUUUGUGGUUGCCACUUACCCUUGUGUUGUUCCAGGGAUUUCUGGGGACUGGAAGAAUCACCUGACAGUGGCACAGAGCGAACACUUUGACCGUGCUUAUCGGGAGAACAUGCGUGGUGUGAAUAUGACCUUCCCUUGGGACUGAAGAAUCCCAGAUAGUUGCUCCUCUGUUCUCCACCCUCAAAUUCUAAUGUGCCGUACGAUUUGGGUACCUUAUGCUAAAUAAACAGAUACCUGAUCAGGGAAGGUAGUUGGGUUUUUUUUGGUUUUUUUACAGGUGUGUUUUCUUUUAACACAUGCUGUCUCCACUGUAGUGGCAAAGCUGAAAGCAGGUUUCGCCCAAUCCCCAGGGAGAUUGUGCAAAUAAGUCAAGGGUGAGUUCUUGUCUCUGUCAAGAGUGAUGAGCUAUGAGUGCAUGAAGCGAGAACACUGAGGAGAUGACUUACAGAAGGAACAAGAAACAUCUGAGGAAGUCCCACAUGUAAGAAGUAGCUCCCACUGUUUUCAGUGGGAUAUAUUAUUUAGGAAGACUGGAAUCCUAGCCCCAUUUAUCUGGAUUUUAAGUGUAUUUAGAAUGGCAGUUUUACAGUGCAAUCCUAUACUAAUGUCCACUCAGACGUAGGAAUGUGUGAAUCUGUUGUCAGUUCCUCAUUUUCCCAAUCUUAAGUUCAGUUUUUGAUCUAUCCACAAUUCCGUUCGUAAUUUUUUUUAAGUCCUCAUGGAAAUUCACCAGCAUUUUGUUUAAAAUUUCUACUAUACACAUUUGUAUGCAAGUUCCCUUAAUUUACACAUUUUUGCAAAUAAAAUUACCGAACAAAAAACAGUAGCGUAAAUUAUUUCACACACAGUUUACCCAAGUAUAUGAAUUUUUGUAUACAUUACGUCACCGGAGAACUUCAUUGCAAAAAUUGGAGAACGCUGAAUUUUGAAGGGUUGCUGUACUGUAUUUAACUUUGCAUAUUGUUUUGGAAAGUGUGAAUUAGGUAGGUUCACCUUUGAAUGUGAACUAGAUUUUAUUCCCCACCCCACCCCUACUCAGAAGUAAGUUCCACUGAGUUCAACAGGAGUUACUCACAGGUAAUUUUAUAUAGGAGCACAUCACUGAGAAAUUACAAUCCCAAACAGGUGUUGAUUUUCAAGUUUUGUUUUAUUUUACCUACAUUUGUGAAAUGUAAAAUACUAAUAAUAAAGGUGCAGGAUUACUUAUUCCGACAGCCAAUACUUCAGGGAAGUUGCAAUUCCUUUUGCAAAAGUCUGUCUGCAUGGCCGGUGCAAGUGGCACCGCGGUUCCAUUGAGGCCUAACUGCAAACUGAAAGCAAUAAAGAUUUGGAGUUUACUUAUAAAGUUCGCAACUGCCCUUUCAUGUUUUACAGCUGUUUCUAGAUUCCGGAUAUUUUACAGCAAAAAGCUAAACAGAUAAACACCAAAACAUUGCCAACUCUGAUAUAAACAACAAAACACUGCCAAAACACUUUAAAAAAUAAAAGAAAUUAAAAUAACACUUAAAAAAAUUAUGAACCACAACACAUUUUUUAAAAUUUUUUUAAGAGGAAUCCUCUGAGCACGCCCAGGUUCAUAUUUUAGACUCACUUAAACUUGACUGCAGUAAUUAAGCAGAGUUUCCUUCCGCUGUCCUGAUGCUAAACACAUUUUUUUGUAUGUAGUAGAAAAAUGAAGUAAAAACAAUAACAUGCUCCUCUGUAACCACAUAGAUUAAUACGCAGCUGGCCUCCCCAGCUAUAAAAUGUUUAAUAAGAACAACUGCCAUGACCAUUUCCUGUCAUUCAGCGUCCACUAAAUUCAUCGGGCUGUUUUCCUUUUUUGAGGGGUGGGAGUUAUAGUGGACACAAUAAGAUCUAAAAAAAUUCCUUCAGUAGCACCUUAAAGACCAACUAAGUUUUUAUUUUUCUAUGAACUUUCAUGUGCAUGCACAUUUCUUCAGAUACACUGAAACAGAAGUAACCAGACCCUUAUGUAUAUUCAGAGGGUGUGUGUGUGUGUGAUGGGAAUGGGUGAUGGGCUGAUAGGAGUGGUAAACCUGUUGAUGACUGUUAACGACUGUUAAUGACUGCAAUUGGUCUUGCGGGAAAAAGCAAGGGCUGAGGUGCUAAAGAAAGCUUGAUCAUGUAUAAUGAGAUAAGAAUCCUAUGUCUCUGUUCAUACCAGGUGUCUCCAUGGUUUUAAGCUUGGUAAGGUAAAGGUAAAGGUAAAGGGACACCUGACCAUUAGGUCCAGUCGUGACCAACUCUGGGGUUGCGCGCUCAUCUCGCAUUAUUGGCCGAGGGAGCCAGCGUAUAGCUUCCAGGUCAUGUGGCCAGCAUGACAAAGCCGCUUCUGGCAAACCAGAGCAGCACAGGGAAACGCCGUUUACCUUCCCGCUGUAGCAGUUCCUAUUUAUCUACUUGCAUUUCUGAUGUGCUUUCGAACUGCUAGGUUGGCACGAGCUGGGACCAAGCAACGGGAGCUCACCCCGUCACAGGGAUUCGAACCGCCGACCUUUUGAUCAGCAAGCCCUAGGCUCAGUGGUUUAACCCACAGCGCCACCUGGUUUUUCAGUGUGAUCAAUGGCUUCUUUCACAUACAAGGGAAUCAGUUUACCUGUAGUGGACUACUACUCAGAGGAAACGCUCCGCUAUCUUGAAAAUGAAUUCCAAAUGUUGGAUGAUGAUAUAGUGAAUGUCACUUACCCCAAGUCAGGUACCCAUUGGAUGCAGGAGAUCAUGGGCUUAAUCUGGCGUGAUGGAGACCCCUCCUGGGUCCAGAGUUUACCUGUGUGGGAACGGUCACCUUGGAUAGAGAAUAUACCGGGCCUACAGCUUGCCCUGAAAUCUCCUCCACCCAGGCUCCUGGCAUCUCACCUGCCUUUCCACAUUUUCCCCAAAUCCUUCCUGCACUCCAAGGCCAAGGUUAUCUAUACCGUGCGUAAUCCCAAAGACGUGAUGAUCUCAUAUUACCAUUUCAGCAAGGGCCUAAAAAUAGUGAAGGACCCUGGAACUUUGGAAGAGUUCAUGGAAAAUUUCCUGAGUGGGAAUGUGUCUUAUGGUUCCUGGUUUGAGCAUGUGAAAAACUGGAUGGAGAUGAAGGACAGGUCCAACUUCUUCUUCAUCACCUAUGAAGAACUACAGCAGGACCUACGAGGAAGUGUGAAGAGGAUUUGUCAUUUUAUUGGUAAAGAGCUGAGCAGUCAGCAAAUCGACUCUGUGGUGGAAAAUGCCUCUUUCCACAAGAUGAAAGGCAACAACAUGUCCAACUUUACUCAAUUUUCAGAUACCUAUUAUGAUCACACAAAAGGAAAGCUUAUGAGGAAAGGUAUCUCUGGGGACUGGAAGAACCACCUGACUGUGGCACAGAAUGAACACUUUGACCGUGUUUAUCGUGAGAACAUGCAGGGUCUGCGCAUGGCAUUUCCAUGGGACUGAAGAAUGUCAGAUUAUUCUUCCUGCUAUUUUUGAUUCACAUGGUUCUUGUGGUUGAGGUGCGUCCUGCUAAAUAAACAGAUUUCUCAAUAGAAA